GCAGGAGCAGGAUGUCAAGGGUGUAAUCUUACAACUUUAUUGUGCUCGGUGAUCUUUUGUCCUUUCGUUGUUUUGGGUCUUUUGUGUCGUGGUUGCUGUGCUAAAAGUUCUGCUGUACCAAUCACUCUUCGUGGCGCAUUUGGUACAGAAGUAUUUACAUUGCCUGGUAAUGAAGUACGCAAUGCAUUGGCAGCUAUCCCUGCAGCAGCUAUACCUCAUAAAACAUCAAGACAUUCCAACAAUCCUGUUCCUAUUGGUCCCCCAUCUAGUGUUUACCCACCUAAUAGUUACCAACCUAGUGGUUAUCAACCUAGUAGUCACCAACCUAGUGGUUAUCAACCUAGUAGUCCCCCACCCAAUUAUCACAAAACUCCUAAAUCGGGCGACAAUCGUCACAAACACAAAAACCACACUUCUACUAAUGAUGAAUAUUGA